GUUACUAACAUGCGUCCGUGUCGCACGUGUGUCUGUGCGGCCGGUCGCCGUCCGUGGAGUUCCCUUGGUGAGGUCAUCGGGGGUGGUUCGGCGGUGCGUUGGUUGCAAAGUGGCAAAUGCCGCACGUGUUUUUACCACUGUUUGCUUAGUUCUUUGGCAAUUCGGAAGUGGCGGGUACUUGGGUUUUGGGUUUCGGGGGUUAUUUUGCUUUAGUCUUUUGAAGUGUGGUUGACGUACACCGUUGCAUUAGUUUUGGGUGCACGGCGUAAGGACCUGACACUGUAUACCUUGCGAGAUGAUACCGCAUUCAGUCUUAACGCCAUCACCGUACAUCGUGACUUUUUUUUCCCUUUUGUUGAGGAGUUUUAAGAUCAGUUUGAGAACGGUUCUUAAAUCUGAAGCCUGAUGUUGCCUGCACUAGGUUGACCGUCUCUGGACAUUGAUUCCUGUGUGAAUGGCGGAUGCUGAUUUGAGUCGCUGAGGUAAACAUUUCGUUGACUCUUCCUGUAGAACAUUUCCGUAUUUAUUUCUCUUUUCUUACUUGGGAACGGCUGGGUGCGGGGAAGAGGCUGCUUAGCCGCAGGCUGGCUUGGACUUGUUUAGAUAAACUGAAUGAAAGAACUGAGCUGCUUUGUAAGAGACAGUGUAUUUUUAAUGACUGUCUUUGGAAAGAUUUUCUUGCUAAUUGGUUUUCAUUAUUUUUGCAGUGUUCUCAGUAAUACCCUAAUUUGUUUAUCUUCAUCAGACAUUUCAGCUAUAACUACCUCUGGGUUAGAUGGUUCCCAGAUAUUCUGUGAUAUUUAUCAGUAUCGUUCUAUUACAAAUACGGUUACUUUAUUUAUGGUCUAAUACCUGUUUUUCCUCCCCCAGGAGAAGUCAGAUUCUAAAAAUAUUUUUUCCCUUCUCUAUGGACUUGACAUAAAAUUAGUUUUGUUUGUGUUUUGGGUUUAUUUUCUAAAUAGCAACAUAAACCCAUAUCUGUUACAAAGAAAUUGGGUACUUAAACCAUGAGUUGUGGAAAAGAGUUUGUGGAAACAUUAAAAAAAAUCAAUUAUCCCAAAGCUGAUACUCUUAAUGGGGAAGAUUUUGACUGGUUGUUUGAGACUGUUGAAGAUGAAUCAUUUCUGAAGUGGUUUUGUGGGAAUGUGAAUGAACAGAAUGUAUUGUCUGAAGAAGAAUUGGAAGCUUUUAGCAUUCUUCAAACAUCAGGCAAGCCUAUCCUAGAAGGAGCAGCAUUGGAUGAAGUUCUUAAAACCUGUAAAACUUCUGAUUUGAAGACAUGUAUCUUGGAUGACAAAGAGCUAGAGAAAUUAGAGAUUGAGGUUCAAACUCUGCAGAAGUUAAAGAACCUAAAAAUUCAGCGACGUAAUAAAUGCCAGUUGAUGGCUUCAGUAACAAGCCACAAAUCUCUGAGGUUAAAUGCUAAAGAAGAAGCGGCCACUAAAAGGCUGAAGCAGAGUCAAGGAAUUAUAAAUGCUGUGAAUACUAAGAUAAAUAAUGAACUUCAGGCUCUUACUGAUGGAGUUGCAAAAUUGAUGAUGUUUUUCAAACAUUCUAAUUUGGAUCAAGGGACAAAUCCACUGGUGUUUUUAUCUCAGUUUUCCUUGGAAAAAUAUCUAAGCCAGGAAGAGCAGAGCACAGCAGCAUUAACUUUAUAUACCAAAAAACAGUUCUUUCCGGGUAUACAUGAAGUAGUUGAAAGUUCAAAUGAAGAAAAUUUUCAACUUUUAGAUAUACAAGCACCAUCUAUUUGUGAUAGUCGGGAAGUCCUCGAGGAGAGAUGGCUAGAGAUGGCUAGGCUGCAGCUAGCUUACGUUUGUGCUCAACAUGAGUUAAUUCACUUGAAAGCAAGUAAUUUGAGCAUGAAGUCGAGUAUACAGUGGGCAGAGGAGAAUCUUCAUAGCCUCACUAGCAAGGCUCUUGGCAAAGAUAAUUUGGAUGCUAAAAUUUCUAACUUGAAUAGUGAGAUUCUGAAACUUGAAGAACAAAUCUCUCAUAUGAAAGAUAAAAGUUUGCCUGCUGUGGUAAAAGAGAAUGCCCAGUUAUUGAAUAUGCCAGUUGUAAAGGGAGAUUUUGAUCUACAGAUUGCUAAACAAGACUAUUAUACAGCAAGACAAGAGUUAGUUUUAAAUCAGUUGAUAAAGCAAAAGGCAUCUUUUGAACUUCUACAAUUAUCAUAUGAAAUUGAAUUGAGAAAGCAUUGGGACAUAUAUCGUCAACUUGAAAAUUUGGUUCAAGAGCUUAGUCAAAGUAAUAGGAUGCUCCACCAGCGAUUAGAAAUGCUAACAGACCCAUCAGUAUCUCAGCAGAUAAAUCCAAGGAAUACCAUUGAUACCAAGGACUUUUCUACUCAUAGGCUUUAUCAACUUUUAGAAGGAGAGAAUAAGAAAAAAGAAUUAUUUAUAACCCAUGGAAACCUGGAGGAAGUGGCUGAGAAAUUAAAAAAGGAUGUUUCUUUAGUACAAGAUCAGUUGGCAGUAUCUACUCAAGAACAUUCUUUCUUUCUGUCGAAACUGAAUAAUGAUGUGGACAUGCUUUGUGAUACUUUGUAUCAAGGAGGAAAUCAGCUUUUGCUUAGUAAUCAGGAGUUAACAGAGCAGUUUCAUCAAGUUGAAUCCCAACUGAAUAAGCUAAAUCAUCUUCUUACUGAUAUUCUUGCUGAUGUGAAGACAAAAAGAAAAAUUUUGGCAUCUAAUAAACUGCAUCAAAUGGAAAGAGAAUUAUAUGUAUAUUUUUUAAAAGAUGAAGAUUAUCUGAAAGAUAUUGUGGAGAAUUUAGAAAACCAAUCAAAGAUUAAGGCUGUUGGUCUUGAAGAUUGAAAAUUACUAAAAACUGAGUACUACAUAUGCUGUUUUAAUAUUUUAUAUAUUAGGAAAAUAUAGCUAAUAAACCCUACUAAAAUUUUAAA